CUGUUUAUCAUUUGUGGUUUUUUGAGUUUUAGGGCAUUUUUUAAUUCUGAUUUAGAUUGUGAUACAAAAGGUUUAAAAAAGAUUAUAUAUUCAUUUCAAUAGUGCCCUUCGAAAUGUCGAAACCAAUUACUUUUGUCACUGGCAACGCCAAAAAGCUGGAAGAACUCGUAGCCAUAUUGGGAGAUAAGUUUCCACGCAAAGUGGUGAGCAGAAAAAUAGAUCUUCCUGAAUUGCAAGGCGAAAUUGAUGACAUCGCCAUUAAAAAAUGUAAAGAAGCGGCAAGACAAGUCGAUGGACCAGUACUAGUUGAGGACACGUGCUUAUGUUUCGACGCGUUAGAAGGAUUACCAGGGCCUUACAUAAAAUGGUUUCUGGAGAAACUACAACCUGAAGGAUUAUAUCGUAUGUUAGCAGGAUGGGAUAACAAAAAUGCUAAAGCAAUAUGCACUCUUAGUUUUGCUGAGAGUGCGAACAGCGAACCAAUAAUUUUUCAAGGAGUAACAGAAGGUAGUAUAGUAGAACCACGAGGUUGUCGCGAUUUUGGCUGGGAUCCGAUUUUCAAACCCAAAGGCUAUGAUUUGACCUAUGCUGAAAUGCCCAAGGAAGAAAAAAAUAAAAUCUCCCAUCGUUAUAGAGCAUUAGCCGCAUUGCAGGAAUAUUUUAAUAGUGGUAAAUAACUGUUUGAUAAUGUACGGAAUUUAUUAAUUUUGGAAACGGAAUAAAGUGUAAUCGUUAAUUUCUCA